AUGUCAGACAUCUCCAACGAGAAGAUGGCCACCACCACCGAGAAGUCUGGCGGCACCGAGACGCCGCCCGAGAUCAUCCACGGCGGUGAAGACACAAAGCCCGAAGGGAAGCCGUGGAUGUACAAAAGAUUCAAAUUGGGCCCCAUCACCAUUCCCGCCUAUGCGUCACCUCAAUUCCAAAUUGUCUUCGUUGCGCUUGUGUGCUUCUUGUGCCCGGGUAUGUUCAACGCGGUCAACGGGUUGGGUGCCGCUGGUCAGGUCAAUGCGCACGACAUCAACAAUGCCAGCACCGCAAUCUACGCCACUUUCUCCGUGGUGGGCUUCUUUGCUGGUAGUAUUGCCAACAAGAUCGGUCUACGCUUGACCUUGGGAUUUGGCGGUUUUGGGUACGCCCUUUACAUUGCCUCAAUCUUGUCCUACAACCACAACCAGAAUGCGGGCUUCCUGAUCUUCGCCGGUGCCUUGCUGGGUGUUUGCGCCGGUCUGCUCUGGACUGCCCAAGGGGCCGUGAUGAUGUCGUAUCCUCCUGAGAAAUCAAAGGGUCGAUACAUUGCCGUCUUUUGGAUGAUUUUCAACUUGGGUGCCGUGCUGGGCGCUCUGAUUCCGCUGGGCCAGAACCUUCAUUCCACCAGCAACUCGGUUCAGGACGGCACCUACAUUGCCUUCAUCGUACUGAUGGCCGCGGGCUUCGUCCUGGCCGGGUUUCUCUGCAACCCUUUCCUUGUCCAACGCAGUGACGGUUCGCGAGUCAUCCUGAUGAAGAACCCCACCUGGAAGUCCGAAAUCAAGGGUCUUUUCGAGGUCCUGGUGACCGAUUGGUACAUCAUCUUCCUCUUCCCCAUGUUUUUCGCCUCCAACUGGUUCUACACCUACCACUUCCAAGAUGUGAAUCUCCCCUACUUCAAUAUCCGCACCCGCGCCUUGAACAAUGUGCUCUACUACCUGUGCCAAAUCAUUGGCGCCUGGAUCUUCGGCUUCUUGCUCGACACCACCUACUUCCGCCGCACCACCCGCGCCAAGAUCGCCAUUGGCGCGCUCUUUGUGCUCACCUUUGUCAUCUGGGGUGGUGGCUAUGAUUUCCAAAAACAGUACACCCGCGCAGAGACCAGCGCCGACGGCUAUCACAAGCUUGACUUUACCGACCCGGGCUACGUCGGCCCUAUGUUCCUGUACAUGUUCUACGGAGCCUACGACUCUGUUUGGCAGACUACUUCGUAUUGGCUUAUGGGUGCACUCACCAACAACGGCCGCAAACUCGCCAACUUCACCGGUUUCUACAAGGGCAUCCAAUCCGCCGGAUCCGCAAUCUCUCCGCAACUCGACGCCAACAAUGUCGCCUUCAUGACCCAAUUUGCCGUCAACUGGGGCAUGCUGGCCGGAUCUCUCAUCGUCGCGGCCCCCGUCGUCUGGACAAAAGUCAAGGACACGACCGACAUCGAUGAGGAUCUUAAGUUCACCGACGAGACGAGGGAGGACGUCUUGCCUCCCAGCCCUGUCGGACCCGUCGUCGGCGCGGAGGGCAUGAUGGCAGAGAGGAAGGAGAAGAUGUAA